AUGGCCGCCACACCAGACGAGCCGCUGCUGUCGCGCGUUGUCGACGACAAGUCACCCAUCUGCAUCCCCUUCAUCCUGUCGCGGCUCGAGACGUACAAGCGGCACCACCACUACCAGCCACGCCGACCCUUCAUCAUCGGGCUAAACGGUGUGCAGGGCGUCGGCAAGACAACCUUGGUUCGCGCGCUGGCCGAGACCCUCCAGGACCGCGAGGGUCUGUCGACGCUGGUCGUCAGUAUCGAUGACUUCUACCUGAGCCAUGCCGACCAGCUGGCUCUGGCCGCCACGCAUCCAGACAAUGCGCUAGUGCAGUACAGGGGCGAGCCCGGCACGCACGACAUGGUAUUAGCAAAGUCGUUCUUUUCCGCCCUGUGCCGCGGCGAGCCCGCUAAGGUGCCCCGGUACGAUAAGGCCGCCUUCUCGGGCCUGGGCGACCGGCUGCCCGAGACCGAGUGGACGGUUGUCAACACCGAGGACAGCGCGCAGCCGCCCGUGCAGGUCAUCAUCUUCGAGGGGUGGUGCGUUGGGUUCCGCGCGCUCGACGACGCCGCCGUCGAGGCCAAGUGGAAGAGCGGCGACACCCGCACGCUGCACUCGCACACGCUCGAGCACCUGCUGCUCGUCAACUCGGCCCUGCGCGACUACGACGCCAUCACGGACCUGUUCGACGUCUUCAUCCAUGUCGAUGCUGAGGACACACAGUACGUCUACGACUGGCGGCUCGAGCAAGAGGCACAGCUCCGCCGUGAGCGCGGUAUCGGCAUGCCUGACGAGCAGGUUGUCAAGUUCGUCGACGCUUACUACCCGGCGUACGAGCUCUUCUCCGACGGCGUGCGCCGCGGUAUCUUCUACCCCGACCGGCCGGGUUGCCAGCUGCGCCUAGUCGUGGGCCGUGACAGGAGCGUGAAAAAGUCCAUCAUCAUAUAG